AAUGAAAUAUUUAUGUUUAAGUUGAAAAAGAUAUUUUCUGGCUUCUUACCUUUUAUUUUCUCUUCUUUUUAAAAAAGAAUGUCCUUUCGUUUAGAAGGGUCAUCCUUGUAGACAAGCAAAGCUUGUUCCAAAAUCUAUCAAAAUCUACUCUAAGCUUCUCCUUAUUUCGAGUAAGUUCAAAUAGGGAAUAUCUCAUGUUCAUUUCCAUCCUAAGUGUCUUAAUUAUGUUGAAACAUUUAUGAUGGGAAAUCAUGAGCUGUGAGUUUGGGGAAUUUUUUGAGAGUGCACACCAACUGUUUGAUCAUUUUCCCAUACAAAUGAUGCUCACUUUACCAGUUAAAAUCCAUCUCCAAAGCAUUUUCCCGCUCCACUCAGAUUUCUUACCCAGUAAAAGCAGAGACCAACAUUUCUGUAAAUUCACCAAGAAACAUGUAACUACUUCUAUUACUUGCUCUAAUCCAGGACCUCACAAAUUGGUCCGAGAUCGAAAAUUGGACAAACAUGUUGUCAAGAACAACAAUAUUAGGUUCGUUCAGAAGCUCAAAACACUGCUACUUUCAAAACCAAAGCAUUUCAUGCCAAUAAAUGUUCUCUCAAAAUGUCGUGGCUAUUUGACCCUUUCACAACCUCGUUCUAUCCUUUCGAUGAUUCAUCGUUAUCCAACAAUCUUUGAGCUCUUCACUAUAUCAACACCCCCUACACCUUUCAACGCCACGAAACCACUUUCUCAGCUCUGUGUUCGACUCACUCCUGAUGCUGCUGCCCUCUUUCGUAAAGAAAUGGAACUGAAAUCGGGUUUGUCAGUUUUCUUGGCCGCUAAGUUACAGAAGCUUUUAAUGCUUACGACGCAUCAUAGGCUAUUGCUAUCCAAACUAGUUCACAUUGCGCCUGAUCUUGGUUUGCCUGUUAAUUUCCGAUCUCGCCUUUGCAAUGACUACCCUCAUAUUUUUCGUGUUGUGGACACUUCAUACGGUCCUUCCCUUGAGCUCGUUUCUUGUGAUCCAGCUCUAGCGAAUGCAUUACCGUCUUGUGAAUUUGACCAUGUUUCACUUGGAUUGAUUGUAGAUAGGCCAUUAAAGUUCAAGCAUUUAAAACUUCGAAGGGGACUUAAUUUGAAGAGACGGCAUGAGGAGUAUCUUAUAAAGUUUAAAGAAUUACCGGAUGUGUGUCCUUAUAGGACAAAAGUGAACGAUUUCUAUAAAGAGUCGAUUAAUGCUGAGAAGAGGGCUUGUGGAGUUGUGAGAGAAGUUUUGGGGAUGAUGGUUGAGAAGAGGACUUUGGUUGAUCACUUGACACAUUUUAGAAAGGAGUUUGGGUUGCCAAACAGAUUAAGGGCUAUGCUGAUAAGGCAUCCUGAGUUGUUCUAUGUGAGUAUGAAGGGUCAGAGAGAUUCUGUCUUUCUCGUAGAAGGAUAUGAUGAUAGAGGCAAACUUUUGGAGAGGGAUGAAAUGCUGGUUGUGAAAGAUGAGUUGAUGAAACUAGUUAGGAAAGGGAAGCAAAUUAGAAGAGAAAGAAGGAAGGCUUUUGCAAAAGGUGAUAAUGUGAAUGAGUAUUUCAAUCAAACCAAUGAAGUUGAAGCCAACGACUACUUUGAACAUUCUGAUGGUUUAGAUAAAUUGUUUGAAGUUGAAGGUUAUAAUUCAGGGGAUGAUGGAGAUUUUGGUUUCGAGGAUGGCACCGACUAUGAUGAAAGCACAAAAUUAUGGGCUAUCCAAGAUGAAACACAGUUCUGGACAACUGAGGCGCAUAGUUCUGUGCAAAAUGAUACCUAUGGAGGUUCAGCACCUUGGUAGGCUGACUCCGUUCUGGUGAUUGCUACUUGUAGUUACCGUAUAUGUGUAAAGAUUGUACUUUUCCUUUUUGUUUCUGAAGGUAUUAUUUUCUUUAAUUUUCU